AUGUCAUCGACACUACGAACAAUUACUGCUGCCAACGCUCGUAUUUUAUCGGCAUUGAACCCACCACCAAAGGUUGUUGUAGUCGGUGGCACUUCAGGUAUUGGUCAAGCUAUUGCUCUUGCCAUAGCUCAACAUUGCCCAUCGGCUUCAAUCACUAUUAUCGGACGCAAUGAAUCUGCUGCUAACACCAUACUACCCAAAUUAGGGCCGAAUUCAAAGUUCUUACGUGCUGAUGUGUCACUUCUGUCAGAAGUUCGAGCUGUGACACAAAAGAUUUCUGCAGUAGACAUGUUAAUUAUGUCACAAGGUGUUCUGACAAUAGCUGGUCGUACUCCUACAGCAGAAAAUAUUGAUUAUAAAUUGGCCUUACACUAUUAUGGUCGGACACUGUUCGUCCAAGAACUUCUUCCACUACUUCGUUCAUCGCCUAACGGUGGUAAAGUUUUAUUCAUUUUGGAUAGUAAAAAUGGUAAUCCAUCAAAAGUUAACUGGAACGAUAUGGCUCUCGAAACGACAUAUUCUUUGGCUUCAGCUGCUAAUCAUGCUAUUUCGUUUACUGAUCUUGUCAUACAACAUUUUGCAUCACAACCUGAAAAUGCCAAUGUUACAUUUACUCAUGCAUAUCCAGGUGGAGUACGAACGACAUUAGUUGAUAAUCUACCGUUCUAUCUUCGAAUACCAGCGAAAGGCCUUCUGGCAAUGGGCGUUGGCAUUAGUCCAGAAGAAUGUGCUGAAUAUAUGAUACAUGGUAUUCUGGGAACAGAUAAAGGUUGGAGAUGUGUCAAUGAGAAAGGUGAAAACAUUUCAAAGAAGAAACCAGCACAGGAAGAAUGGAUUACAAAAGUAUGGGAACAUACAUCUCAAAUGAUUUCUUCAAAACAUUAA